AUGGAGGAUUGUUCUGAUCAAUGGCACGAUCCACUUCUCGCUCCCUCAGCUGAAAAAGCUACGGUAUCAAGCUCAGUGACUAUAAAAAUGGCAGAUCUGGAUUCAAAUUCCGAAUUGAGCAGCGAUGUUCAUAUGGAACUCUCAAGCCCAGGAUUGACGGAAAUGGAACAAUCCAGUGAUCCCAUUGCGUUAGAUGGAAAACUCGUUUUAGGGUUUCCACUAACAUCUCCCGAUCUAGUCAAUUGCGGCGCUUCACCAGAUAUCCCGAGAGGUAGCUACGGAGAAUCCCCAGAAAUUUCUAAGAAACUCAGAUUUUCGACGGAGCUUUCUCUAGAGAACGGAAUCGACGGUCCUACGACUAAAAGAGACGGCCGCAAAACUCAAUCUGUGAAGUUCUCAGCAAUCAAUCAAACAUUCGGAUUCGAGUUGUCUCCUGAGUCUUCCUUCGAGUUACCUUCUCCACCUGGAAACUUCCGGGAGAUCACAACUCCUGUGAUUAGUAUCAACUCGGGCUCUACAAGCGCGGAUGUGACUCUGGAUGAUGUAAUUUUCCUGAAGGAUGAGUUUUUCAGUGGAGGUGAAAGCUUUUCGACUGGUGCUGUUGUUGGCGAUGAGGACGAGGUUUUGCUGUAUCAAACGGCUCGGCUUGGUAAUUUCGCUUACACGUUUCAGUCGUUGGAGCCUGGGGAUUACUUCAUUGACUUGUAUUUCGCUGAAAUCGAGUUCACUGAAGGUCCAGCAGGAGUUAGAGUUUUCGAUAUAUUUAUUCAAGGAGCAAAGGUCAUAUCUGGACUUGAUUUGUUCUCGCAAGUAGGAGCAAAUACACCUCUUGUGAUUGCUGAUCUAAGGAUGCUGGUUGGUGUUGAAGGAGAGUUAUCUAUACGAUUAGAAGGAGUGACUGGAACUGCAAUUCUGUGUGGCAUUUCUAUUAGGAAAGAGGCCACGGCUACUUAUGUUGAAGACACUGGAAUGCUAGCUGUUCAAGGAAAAACUGAUACUGUUCUGUCUCUGCCACCUCAAGAUGUUGACUGCAAGAUGGAAGAAGAGACUUAUGAGAUGAGGAAUGACUGUGAGCAGCAGGAGAAAGAGAUGGCAGAGAUGAAGAGAAUGGUUGACGAACUUAAACAAGAGAAUCAACGAAAGAGUAGAGAAUGCGAAGAAGCAUUGAGUUCUCUCCGUGAGCUUCAGAAUGAGCUAAUGCGCAAGUCAAUGCAUGUUGGUUCUUUGGCCUUUGCUGUGGAGGGACAAGUGAAAGAGAAGAGCAGAUGGUUCUCUUCAUUAAGAGAUUUGACAAGAAAACUGAAGAUUAUGAAAAUGGAGCAAAUUAAGCUGUUGGAAGAGGCAUCCUCAUACAAAAUGCUAGUCCAAGAUAUCAACGAGUUCAGUUCUCACAUUCACUCCAGAGUAAAGCAGGACGCAGAAUUACUUGAAAAUCUCAAAGUCAAAUUUGUAGCGGGAGAAAAAGAGAGGAAGGAACUAUACAACAAGAUAUUAGAGCUAAAAGGAAACAUCAGGGUCUUUUGCAGGUGUCGGCCUCUAAACUUUGAAGAAAUUGAAGCAGACGUAUCAAUGGGAGUUGAUGUUGAGUCGACCAAAAGUGGGGAGGUCAUAGUCAUGUCAAAUGGGUUUCCCAAAAAGAGCUUCAAAUUCGAUUCUGUUUUUGGUCCUAACGCUUCCCAAGCUGAUGUUUUCGAAGAUACUGCUCCUUUUGCUACGUCAGUCAUUGAUGGAUACAACGUUUGUAUAUUCGCCUAUGGCCAGACUGGUACAGGGAAAACUUUUACCAUGGAAGGAACUCCAGAGGACCGUGGUGUAAAUUACAGAACACUGAAAAAUCUUUUUCAAAUAACUAAAGAGCGAGAGAACCGCUAUAAUUAUGAGAUCUCUGUCAGUGUCUUGGAAGUUUACAACGAGCAAAUACGAGAUUUGCUGGUCCCUACUUCCCAAAGUGCUUCUGCGCUGAAAAGAUUUGAGAUAAGGCAAGCGAGUGAAGGAAACCACCACGUACCAGGGUUGGUUGAAGCAAGCGUGAGAAACAUAGAGGAGGCUUGGGAUGUGUUGAAAACAGGAAGUAAUGCAAGGGCUGUUGGUAAAACGACGGCCAAUGAGCACAGUAGUCGAUCUCACUGCAUUCACUGCGUGAUGGUAAAAGGUGAGAAUUUGUUGAAUGGAGAAUGUACAAAGAGCAAGCUAUGGCUAGUUGAUUUAGCAGGAAGCGAACGGGUUGCCAAGACAGAAGUGCAAGGAGAGAGACUCAAGGAGACCCAAAACAUCAACAAGUCAUUAUCUGCUCUUGGUGAUGUCAUUUUCGCUCUUGCCAACAAAAGCUCUCACAUUCCUUUCAGAAAUUCAAAGCUCACGCACUUACUUCAGGAUUCUCUAGGAGGAGAUUCGAAGACCCUCAUGUUUGUACAAAUAAGUCCUAACGAGAAGGAUCAAAGCGAGACACUAUGCUCACUGAAUUUUGCUAGCAGAGUAAGAGGGAUAGAGUUGGGGCCUGCAAAGAAACAGCUAGACAACACUGAGCUCUUGAAAUACAAGCAAAUGGUUGAGAAGUGGAAGCAAGAUAUGAAAGGAAAAGACGAACAGAUGAGGAAAAUGGAAGAAACAAUGUUCGGUUUAGAAGCAAAGAUUAAAGAACGAGACACUAAGAACAAAACCCUUCAAGACAAGAUUAAAGAACUCGAAUCGCAACUGCUGGUGGAGAGGAAGCUCGCUCGUCAACACGUAGACACCAAGAUCGCUGAGCAGCAGACGAAACAGCAGAACGAAGACGAAAAGAGGCCUCCACUAGCAAACAUACUGUUGGCAAGCAACAACAAGACCUCAAACGAAACGUCAACUUCGAAAGAAAUGCCGAAUCUAACUCGACCGCCACUCUCAGAGAGCACCACCACAACCAGCAGCAGCAGCUCCGAUCUACCUCCUUUACCUAACGGUGGCUUCAAGUACAAUGACCUCACCGAGAAGGAGAACAAUCCAGAAAUGGCUGAGAGAUUCCAAAUACCAAAGAGAACAGGAAGAUUCUCCGUUUGUCCAAAACGUGUUCUACCACCACCAGCUCCAAGAAGAAGCUCUCUUGCCCCAACCCCGUUCUUCCCAGUCACAUCAACUUCGCCAUUACGCCCACAACGCCCAGCUAUUACAACAAACUCGCCUGAUGAAAAAAAGAGCGGUACGAGCCAGGUGCUCUGCGUCAGCCCUAAGUUGCAUAAAAGUAACGGGAAGAUGUUGAGUAGCAUACUGAGACGAAGUAUGCAAAAGAGAAUGCAACCGAGACAGCAACCGAUGAUGAGAAGAGGUGGGAUUAAUGUUGGGAUGGAGAAAGUUAGGUUGUCUAUAGGAAGCAGAGGAAGGUUAGCUCAUAGAGUUUUGCUGACAAAUGCUCGUAAAGCAGGUCUUAAGGAGACACCACUGAAACAGAUACAGAGAGAGAAAGAGAGAUGGAUCUGA